UGAAAGUGCUUUAUUGCUCUUCAUGAUUGGGAACAACAGAAUCGCAGUCCGUUUAGACGGCGAUGUUUGAUACAAACAGACGAAUUAGGUGACAUCAUGCAUUUGUUGGAACAUUUUUAAUCACGCCAACAGGAUGCAGGCAUUUGUACCCAAGAACCGUCGUGUAUGCCAUUUUCAAUCACAAUAAGUAAUUGCAAGCUUACGUGCGAGGAUGUAGCCCAAAUUUGACCUUCACCUCCGCAUCGUCGACCUCAACAACGUACCAUACGUCUCCGGUCGCUCCUAUGUAAAAUGGCAUCUCCCUUCCGGUGCGCUUGGAGAAAGUAUCGAGCAUCAUAAGCGCACCUCCAAAAUGCCGAUAAAGGACCACAAAGUCCUCUACAACUAUGAUGUUCAUAUUCCGGUGCGCAUGACUAUUGACAAGAACGGUGUGCUCCAAGACACGAUAAUGCAAUUUGACGUCAUUCACGAGGUUUCACAUACGGAAAAGAUACAUCUUGGGCUAGUCAAGCUCAAUCUAGCAGAGUAUGUUGAAGCAAGUGAGGCGGGUGCUGAGGAUGAAGGCGUUGUAAGGAGAUACUUAAUGCAGGACUCGAAGAUAAACUCAACACUUAAAGUUGGGAUUUAUCUUAAACAAGUGGAUGGCGAUCGCAAUUUCAGCGCACCACCUCUCCGUGUUGCGCCUGUGUUUAGCGGCAUCGCGGGUCAUGUUGUCGGCGAAGUGGACGAUAACGAGGGCAUUCCUGGAUCGAGCACAGCGCCUGUGAUAAGCGCAAAAUCCCAAAUCGCAGGGGAUGAGUUACGCGAACUGUAUCGUCGCACUAUUGCCGCUAAUUGGACGUGUCUCCCUGGAGAGCUGAGUGCCGACAAAGUCAUCGAAGACAUUUUCUCGGGGGGCGACGGUUGGCUUUCCAAACCACCCGUAAGCGGCGAUAGCUCUGGGGCUUCGAAGUUUUCGGAUGACGAUAGGCAUGGUGUUCGUGGACACGCGAGAAGAAAGAGCGAAAAGCCGCUGUAUUUUUCGAAGAGUCGAGCAGACAUCAAAAGACAUUCAAAGGAGAAUAUGCAUGUUGCCAGGGGAGAUCGACCAAACGUUGUCAGAGGCCGGGGCAGCUUUGAACAGCAGGCACAUUCGAUGGGUGUAGAAGCCGAAAAGGGUUCCACCAGAGACAAGAACGAGUUUGAUGAGCUCGAGAUUAGGGAAGAUCUACGGAGCUGGAAAUUGCCGUCGUAGGACGUGUCUUCGUUGUCUAGAAAGACCAUCUUUGAGAACGCUGCAUUUUAAUGUCCAAAAGGAAUGCCUUCUACAGCCCAGGCAUGCCUAAAAUGGCUCGUAAUGCAGGAACACCUCUUGGCAGAAAGUAUAUCAGACCAAUGCCUAAGAACGCUACCACGAAGCCCG